AUGAGCAGGCGUCCAAUCAGGGGGAACAUCGAUCAUCCAGGCCGGAUCAUAGGAGGGGAAGACACAAAACCAGGGGAUUAUCCCUGGAUGGCAGCUCUUCUCAGCGAGUCAAACACUACGAGACCUUUCUGCGGCGGGUCCCUCAUAUCCCCACGUCACGUUCUCACUGCUGGCCACUGCGUUCAUCAA